AUGGUAAUUUUGGCAGAAGCUUUAUAUGCAGGGGAGACAAAUCCAUAUCCAGAAUAUGUGUCUAUAACAGUAAUGGUAAAGCACGUCCUUCUAUUGUGGAAGUGGUUCAAUAUAGCCAAUCUGCCACCAGGUCAUGGGUUAGUCACCCUGGAGAAUGAUGCCAUAUCAGGGACUCAGAGUGGCCCGAGGGUGGACAGCCGUGUUUCCGGGCUUCAGAGUCCAGAUCCUGAGCGCAGUGCUGAGAAACGCCCUGCUGAGUACCCCCUGGCUGUGCGAUUUCCGGCCGCUGCAGGCUGCGUGGGAAUCCCGGGAACCUCCUGCCACGCAAUGAAAGUAGUGACCUUUGAGGAUGUGGCUGUGAAAUUCACCAUGGAGGAAUGGGCUUUGUUGGAUCCAUCCCAGAAGACGCUCUACAGAGAUGUGAUGUGGGAAAACUUUAAGAAUGUGACCACUAUAGAAAGAAACUGGGAUGACCAGCAAAUUGAAGAUGAGUACAAAAAUUACAGGAAAAUCCUAAGAAAUGCAGAGGUAGAUAAAUGCUGUAAAUAUAAAUUAUGGUAUCAGCGUGAAGAAAUGCUUGUUAGGACUCAUGAUAUAAAUGUGCACACAAAACUCCUUGGUACAAGACCAGAUGAAAGCCUUGAAUGUGGAAAGCCUGUGUUUCGUCCCUCAUCACCAACCACGCCCAUCAUACAUGACACUGGACUCAAAUCAUACGAGGUCCAUGGAUUUGAACAGAAGUUCUCUAAUUGUAGCAGACAUGGGAAUACCUCUGCUGGCUUACAAUCCAUUCAGAAACUUGCAAAGACAAAUCCUGAAGAAAAACCCUAUGGAUACAAGCAAUGUGGAAAAUCCUUCUCUGAUUACAGUGAAGAAAAUAAUUCUGAAGAGAAAUCCUUUGCAUAUAACCAAGAGGCGAGAGCCUUCAGUGCACCCAACUAUUUUCAAAUCAGGACAGGAAAUCAUAAUAGGGUGAACACUUCUAUAUAUGUACAAUGUGGCAAAGGUUUGAAUUCUUACCAUGAUGUUCAGAACCAUGAAAGAACUCACACUGAAUCCAAAUCUGAUGUACAUCAACACCAUUGGAAAUCCUUAAAUAAUAACACACCAUUAGGCAAUCAUAAAAUAACUCACACUAUGGAACAGCCCUAUGCAUGUAACCAAUGUGGCAAAGGUUUCAGCACACAGAAUUAUUGUCAAAGUCAUGAACAAACUCACAAUGGGGAGAAAUCUUAUGUGUGCAAGCAUUGUGGGAAAGCUUUCAACAAACAGAGUCUUUGUCAAAGACAUGAACGAACUCACCUCGGGAAGAAAUCCUAUGUUUGUAAGCAGUGUGGGAAAGCUUUUGGCACACAGAGUCAUUGUCAGAGACAUGAACUGACUCACAGUGGGGAGAAACCUUAUGUAUGUAAGCAGUGUAAGAAAGCUUUCACCACAUAUAGUUCUUGUCAAAGACAUGAAAGGACCCACACCGGGGAGAAACCCUAUGUAUGUGACCAGUGUGGGAAGGCUUUUGGCACACACAGUGUAUAUAAAAUUCAUGAAAGGAUUCACAGUGGGGAGAAACCCUAUGUAUGUAACCAAUGUGGUAAAGCUUUCAGCAGGCACAGUGAAUGUAAAAUACAUGAAAGAAUUCACACUGGGGAGAAGCCCUAUGUAUGUAAGCAAUGUGGGAAAGGGUUCAGCACACAGAGUCGUUGUCAAAGACAUGAAGAAACUCAUAGUGGGGAGAAACCCUACAUAUGUAAGCAAUGUGGGAAAGCUUUUAGGACCUACAGUCAUUGUAAAACACAUGAAAAGACCCACACUGGGGAGAAACCUUACCUAUGUAAGCAAUGUGGAAAAGCUUUCAGGACACAGAGUCUUUAUAAAAUGCAUGAACGAACUCACACUGGAGAGAAACCUUAUGUGUGCAAGCACUGUGGGAAAGCUUUCAGUACACACAAAAAUUGUCAAAGGCAUGAAAAGAUUCACACCGGGGAGAAGCCCUAUGUAUGUAAGCAAUGUGGGAAAGCUUUCAGUAGGCACAAUGAAUGUAAAAUACAUGAAAGAAUUCACACUGGGGAGAAGCCCUAUGUAUGCAAGCAAUGUGGGAAAGCUUUCACCACACACAGAUACUGUCAAGAACAUGAAAGAACUCACACUUGGGAGAAACUGUACUUAUGUAAGCAGUGUGGGAAAGCUUUCACCACACACAGCUAUUGUCAAAGACAUGAACGAACUCACACCAGUGGUAAACCGUGUGUAUGUAAGCAAUGUGGGAAAGCUUUCAGGACUCAGAGUCUUUAUAAAAUACAUGAACGAACUCACACUGGAGAGAAACCAUAUGUAUGUAAACAAUGUGGGAAAGCUUUUAGGACACACAGUCAUUGUAAAACACAUGAAAGAACCCACACUGGGGAGAAACGAUAUGUAUGUAACCAAUGUGGGAAAGCAUUCAGUAGGCACAGUGAGUGUAAAAUACAUGAAAGGACUCACACUGGGGAGAAGCCUUAUGCAUGUAAACAAUGUGGGAAAGCUUUUAGCAGGCACAGUCGAUGUCAAAGACAUGAAAGGAAUCACGCAGUGUAGAAACCUUGUGUGUGCACUGACAUGAAAAUACGGUGCAGAGAAGCCUUUGUAUGCAAUAUUUUUAAAAAAUCUUUCCUGGUACAGUGGUUCACACCUGUAAUCCCAAUACUUAGGGGUCUGAGGCAGGAGAAUAACUGAGUUCAAGGCCACUCUUGGCUAUAUACGGAGUUCAAGGCCAGCAUGACCUACAUAUCAAGACCGUGUCUCAAAAAACAAAGAAAAAACCCCUCAGUACAGAGGCAUAUUUGAAAAAAAAUAGGAUAGAGAAUCUGAACAUAUGUGAACAAUGUGAAAAAUUUUUAUUUUUCUCAAUGCAUUCAAGUUCAUGAAGGAAUUCACAUGAGAGGGAAGCCAUUAAAUAUGGAAAACCCAUCUUUUCACUUGAAAAUAAUGAAAGAAUCCUCACUGAAGAAAAAACCUUUGUAAAUAAUGUGUGAAAACUUUGAUUUUCAUAAGAUCAGAAAAAUGUACAAACUGUAAAUGAGAUUUAGAGUAAAUCCUGAAUGUGAGAAAGCUAGGAAUCAGUGACAGAGAGAGGUAUGUUAGUGAGAAACACUUAUUUCAAAGCACACAUCCAGAGACAGUCUUCCUCCAAAAUAUUAAUGGGUUAAUGUAUUGGUGAGGUUGAAAAUUGUAUAAUAAUCUUGAAUUCAAUAUAAACAGCACAUUGCAUCCAAGUCUUCAGUACAUGGCCUUCAAGGGACAUUUUACAUGCAAACCACUGACUUAGUUGAAUGGGAAAGUAAAUUCAUAAAUAAAAUGAAAUUUUAUUGAGUCUUAAAAAAUGCUUCAUUUCUGACUGUAGUUUGACCAAGAGGCCAUUACAUGAAAUAUGCCACACGUAGGCUAAGUAAAUCUUCACUGUAUUUGUUUUUAGUAACAAUGAAGAACUUUAAAGAAGCAGAAAGUAGUGAUGAUUGCCAUGUAUGUAGGUGGAAAAGUUGAGUGAUGCUAGUGAGAAAAUAGUGUUUCUCUUGUAGAGUACAAUUGGCAUAUGUCCCAUCGUGACUACAGUGAUUGACACAGUGACACAUAGCAUUAAUUUGCAAGAAGUUGUUUUUAGCGUUUUCUUCACAUACCCAAAGGUAAUUGUCUUAGGUGACACAAAGGCUACCAAUGAAGAAUGUGGUAAUUUCACAAUAUAAACAAUAACACAUUGCAUUGUAUGCUUUUGACAUUUUAAUUUUUUGUUUAAUGAAUACAAUUAAAUUUAGCAAAAAU